GGGGAGGGCUCUCCCACCGUACGAGAGGAGACCUCUCGCGGGGGAGCACGACUAGAGCGGGGCGGGGCCCCGACCGAGCCCAGCCCCGGUGCCAUAUCGCGACAGCCCCAACACUGCGGUGAAUCCCCUUAGCAGCGUGAGCAGGGCCUUGGCGCUUGUGCGGGAUUGGGACAACCUCUGUCCCCGGGCAAGCCACUGUCCUGAGCCCGAGAGACCCCCCUGGAAAAUGCAAACCUUGGCUUCCCAUCCCGAACCGUGGGAUUGAGGGGAAGCUCCUCAUUAGCGAGGCCAAAAUGAGUCACUGCCAAUUCUUUCAAACGGGUCAGGGUUCUCUUCUAAAAAUGCACGUUUGCGGCCUGGGGAGGCAGAACUGGUUUGGACAAGUUUUGCCACCCAAGCCCUAAAGGUUCCUCCCGCCGCGUUUGCGCAGGGAGGGGCUGGCGGUGCCGGCAGAGGAGGGAUUCUCUGCCCGGUAAAAGUGAGACCGUUCUUUGAGGACAGGGGUCACGGUCCGCCCGCAGCCACCAUUCCCAGUGUCACUCACAGUCGGUUCUAGAAUCAACACCAGUCCGGAUCAUUGAUAAAGGCGUUGUUGGCUAAAGCACUGAACGGAUACAUUCAGCUGGUUCAGUGAUCCCUUUCCCGGGAUGCUCGGCCUUUCCCUGUGCGGUGUCCCGCUCUCCCCGAGGUGGCAGCACAUCCUCAGGAACAGCGGCUGCCACCCCGGCCCGGGCACCGCCCCUCCCGGGAAAGAACUGAGGGAAUCAGGGCUUAGAAAUGAACCUGGGGAGGGAAUUCCCUGAGGGAAUUCUCUCGGGGCUCCCUGUGUGACUUGUACUAGUGUGACUGGCCCCCGGCACUGGUGCUGCAGCUGCAGGUGUGGAUAUUGAGUCAACACAGAAUCAUGGAAUGGGUUGGGUGGGAAGGGACCUUCAAGCUCAUCCAAGGACACCUUCUACUAGCCCAGGUUGCUCCAAGCCCCAUCCAACCUGGCUUUGGACACUUCCAGGGAUGGGGCAGCCACAGCUUCUCUGGGCAACCUGUGCCGGGGCCUCCCCACCCUCACAGGGAAGGAUUCCUUCCCAAUAUCCCAUCUAACCCUGCUCUCUUGGAGCUUAAAGCCAUUCCACUGGAGUCCCAAACUGGACACCUUAACGAGGUGCCUGGUGUUGGUGGGGAUUCAUUUGGGGCCAGGUGCAUGAAACUGAGGUGCUGAGGACAUGGACCUCAGGGAUCCAGGGAUGAGGAUGGGGAUGUGACAGUGAAAUGGCCUCUCACAGGUGCCUCUGCUCCCUCUGGAACAGCAAUCCCAACUUUGCAAUUCCUCGUGUGUCUGAGGCAGGCCAACAGUAUUAAUGAGGAACUUUAGAGGUGCUGUAGGAGGUUGGUGCCAUCUUGUUCAACGGGAAUUUCAUCUGUUUUUUACUGAAGAUAAUAGGGAAAACAGUGAAAUGUUCUGGUUGGAUCACUGAAAAUCCUUGGUUUGGUUUCUGUGGGCGAUGGGAACACGCUGAGGUUUGACAGGGAAUGACUUUGUGGAGGGAACCAGUUUGGAGGGACGGUGUUUGCAGGGAUGGUGUUUGCAGGGGUGUUACUCAGGGGCACCCAGGAGCCCUGUGCUCUCCACAGACUUUCUCACAAUUUGCAAGCAAAUGGUCCAUUCUAGUUCCCAUGUCUCCCUCCUUCCCGCAUAGUUAGAGGGGAUGAGGUGUCACCUGCUGGGAAAGGACAGGAUGAACAAGUUCUGGAUAAUGCCUGUGCAGUCCUUUAGGCUUUGAAGGAGCCUCAAGUUCCUCAGUGAAAGUGGUUUUUCCCAGCAGGGAUUUCCCCCAAAUUAUUUUAGGCUUCAUCUACUUGAAAAGGUUAUUUUUGGAACCUGAACUCCAGGAUCUGAGGAAACAGUAAAUGUUCCAGUGAGCUGGAAAAAGAGAUCCCUACAGCAUCCUGGUACUGUUGUUUGAAUGUCUCUGCUGCACUUCUGGUAAACAUUUAGACUUAUUUUCUUCUCUUUAUUUUCUCCUUCUCCAUGGAAAGGAAGAACUUCAGAGGUUGUAUCCUUUCUGUGCCAUUCCUGCCCUCGUGUGGGAAUCCUUGGGAAGACUGGCUGAAGUGGAUCCACAUGUCCUGCCCAGGAAAUCUGCACAGUGCUCAUGAGUUUUCCAUUGGAGCCAUCCACAGGAAGCAGAACUGGUACCACAUUUCUUCCACAGGGAGAUGUUUUGUGCAGGUUUAUCUGGGAUCUGGCCCUGAUGAGCUCCCACUCCUGCAGAAACCCCUUUAGCCCCCUGCAGCCGUGGCAGAGGGCUGGAAGCCUCCUUUCUGUCAUCACUUCACUCUCGUUUUCUUAGGAAACAAGGCUAAAAGGUGGAUUUAUGGAGGGGUGGACACGCCCCCGUGCAGCACAGCUCACACACAGCUGACACAGCUCACAAGGGGUAGGAAAAGCAGCUCUCAGUUGUGUUUCCUCCUCUCUCAUGGUAAUUCACCCCACCUUUACUCCUGCCAGGAUCCAGGUAACCCAGGAGGAGACACCCUCAGCUCUAGAGAUUUCCAUGCUUAGAACCUCUCUAGUAAUUUUUUGCUCCACCUUCCUUCAACUGGAAAAACCCCCAAACCUGGUUCUAUGUUAAUGAAAGGAGCUGUUCUGGGAACUGGAAUCCAUCCACGGCGCGUGGGUGGGUUCAGGAGCAGGAUGGGACGUUCCUCCAAAAGAUGCUUGGGAUGAAAUCCCUGCUUGGAGGUAUUCAGAGGAUUUGAGAAGGGCUGGGGGAGAGAGGGGAGUGAGUUAAGUGUGUUCCUUAGGGAUUUGCCUCUCUGAGUGGAGCUGUGGCCGUUCUCAGUCAGGUGACAGCACAGCUUUUCCAUGCUGUGGGCAGGAAGGGGGCCUGGCUGCUGCACAGAGCCACCUCUUCUCCAAACUCCCAGGAAUAUGAUGGACUGCAGGCUGCCAACCCUCUGUCAACUUCCUUAGGGCUGGCUAAGAGGUGUGGAAGUUGUCUGGGGCAAUGUAGACGUGCACCCCCCAUUUCCUCAGGCCGACAGAUACCCGACUACAGACCAAAUAAAGUUCCCUAAAAAAGGAACUACAGCCAAGCCUGAAACAGCAAGCUUUUAUCCCAGCUCCUGGUGUUUGCAGCCUCAAGUUCCUUCCUGAACCCUCCCCACAGGCCAGGCAUAGCUGGACCAUUCAGUAUAAAAAGGCAGAGCGGUAUAUUUUGGGAAAUGGUGAUUUUAUGGAAUGGGUCCCAUCUCCUCUGAGAAUCCUUAACAGCAGUUCUCAGCUGUCAUCGCUUCCCUUACAGAUCCUGUUUUAUGUAAAUGGGAUUUAUUACAUCUUCUACUUCUUGGCAACUCUUGCAAUGAUUGUUUACAAAAGUCAAGUUUUCAGUUAUCCAGAUGAUUUCCUGGCUCCUGAUCUUGCUGUGCUUUUCCUUAUGGCCGUGCUGGAAGCGCCUCGACUGUACUUGGGUUGCAAGGGAAACCUGAGGGAGGAGGAGGGUGCGCUGGGGCUCAGCCUGGGGCUCACGGUGGGCAGCGUGGUACUCAGUGUGUACCUGCUGGCCUGGCAGACCUACGUGCUGUGGGCUGACGUCGUGCUCACCGCGGUGCUGCUCUGUGCCUACGGGCUGGAGUCGGGGCUCAAGGUCAUGGCCAUCGCUGCCUUCGUCAGCUGAGCCCGGCACACUGGCCUUCCACAGCACAGGGGGCUUUCAGUUCAAGCAUUUAGUUCCUUUGCGUGGAGAACUUGUGUUUCAGGUAGAAAUUCUCGGGGCGGAGAUGUCCCUGCAUGGCAGGUGAGACGUCCUGCCCAGCCCCUCCGUGACACUGUCCUACUCCUGGCUUAUUUAUGGGCAAAGGCAAAGGAUGAAUCGGCAAAACCCUCAAUGCUCAGGCACUCACCGGGGAUCAACUCCAGCCCAGGGCAGGAGCCAGUGCAUCAUCCCUGCUGGGGUGGUGGGAGUUUUCGUGGCAUGGCAGCAACGUGCUGCAGCCCAAGUGGCACAGAAGUGAACCAGGCCAGGACUCACUCCUGCCUCGCCACUCACACGGCCGUACAGCUCCUCUGCUGCUCUCAUUUGUGCUUCCAGACCUCAGUGGGAAUUUCCCUGACUUUAGUAGGGCAGAACCUGGUGUAUCCCAGCGGGAGACAGUGGAACUGGGUUUUGUGCAUACCCAGAGAGCUGAGCUGCAGGGUCUGGGCAGCUUUUCUUGCUGACAUGGAGCGUGAGGGGAUGUUUGGGUAAAUAUGAUGGCCUCAAAAUGAACAAAACCAUUCACCACUCACACUGACUUCUUUUUCAAAGUCAAACAGAAUGUUGGCAUGUGGAUUUCUAUUUGGUGUUGAUUACCAUUAUUCUGCAAAAAUUACUACAUUCAAGGCUUGUCUUUUAACUGAAGAACUUGUGCAAGUUCAGAGUUUUUUACUGUAUCAAAAACAUGUGUUAAUGAAAAGCUUGGGGAGUUUGUGGGGUUUUGAAGAAACAGGUUUUAUAUUCAGAAUUUCCUAUUUUUGUAUUUAUUUAUUCAUUCAAAUAAAUAAUGGUUUAGAUCUAA